AUGCCUAUCUCUUCCCGUUGGUCCUGCGAGAUACCGAAGUGCUCCUUGACAACCUAUCUAUUUGAGUCCCCAACCGCAGUACUAGACCAGGAACCGUUAUACAUAGACUCCCUAAACCCCGAGAAAUUCGUCUCCCACCAUGCAUAUCGUUCUCUAGUUCAGCGGAUUGCCUCAGGGCUCUUGGCCAUUGGUUUACGGCCUGGUGAUAGAGUGCUUUUGUUCUCUGGCAACAACAUCUUCUUCCCUUCUUUUCUCAAUGGGAUCAUUGCAGCUGGAGGGGUAUUCACCGGGGCAAAUCCAAGCUUCACCCCGAGGGAAAUAGAGCAGCAUAUUAGGAGCUCUGGUCCCAGGUUUCUGGUCGCCCAUAGGAACAAUAGCGAUGUUGCGAGAGAGGCUGCAGGGAAUGUUGGAUUAGAUGAGGGGAGCGUCUUCACGUUCGACGAGGGGUUGGAUAUAACGGCUGAUGGGAAGAUUGUUGGAUGGGGGGAUAAGUCAAGCCCCGGUCUGACGCGGCAUUGGAGCGAUAUCGUGGAGAAGGGUUAUGAUGGGUUUGUCUGGCGGGAACUCAGAACGGACGAAGAGCUCGAUACCACCGCUGCAAUCAACUUCUCCUCCGGGUACGCUGUCCCCACCACCAUGUAUUUUCACCGCUAACACAUAGCCUAGGACCACAGGAAUCCCGAAGGGCGUCCAAAUCACGCACAAAAAUUUCGUCUCAAAUGCCCACCAAAUCAUCUAUCUGCGCAUGCAGUCCGAUUCCGUUUCCAAUGACACUCGCUGGCUGGGUAUGCUACCAAUGUACCACGCAUAUGGCCAAACUUAUUACGCAACCGUUGCACCCAAGCGUCGAAUCCGCCUCUACAUGCUUCAAAAGUUCGACUUUGGAGCCUUCCUAAUGGCCAUCCAAAGACACAAAAUCACCAGUAUCGCCGCUGUGCCUCCGAUUAUGGUUGCCCUAGCCAAGAACCCCGACGUGCUAAAAUUCGACCUAGGCUCUGUGAACAGGCUAGGAAGCGGAAGUGCGCCUCUGAGCAGGGAAAUUUCGAGGGAGGUCGAGGAGAGAGUGAUGAGAGGACGGGCGGGGGAAGAAAGGGUAAAUCUGAAGCAGGGCUGGGGCAUGACCGAGUAUUAUGAAUUACCUUGUUGAUGCCAUGGCGCAAGCUGACAUUUUUGCACAUGUUAGGGCCACCUGUUCGGUUACAGGCUUCCACCCAAAUGACGCGGAUGAGGUGGGUUCUGUCGGUGAAUUGCUGCCGAAUUGCGAGGGCAAGGUUUGACUAAUUCUCCCCAACCAUGGGCCAACUCUUGUCGAUAACGAAUUACCACUAGGUCAUGGACGCCGAAACCGGGACCCGGGAACUCCCUCCGAAUACCCCGGGUGAGGUUUGGGUUCGAGCGCCUAAUGUUACGAAGGGGUAUUAUAGAAAUAGGGCCGCAACUGAGGAUACGAUUACUCUAGAUGGGUGGCUCAAGACUGGGGAUAUAGGGUACCACAAUGAAGCGGGGCGGUGGUUCAUUGUGGAUCGUAAGAAGGUUUGCCCUUUAUUAUCUAUCUAUUUGGUAGCCGGCUAACUUUCCUAGGAACUUAUCAAAGUCAAGGGGAACCAAGUAGCCCCAGCGGAACUCGAGGGAAUAUUGCUAGAGCACCCCAGCAUCGCUGAUGCAGCGGUCAUUGGAAUCCCACAGUCUGUCGCCGUAACAUUUUCCCUCUGUCCAAUCCUCGCUCCGACUGACUCACGUCUGAUAGUGCUGAGGACGAGCGACCGCGCGCGUACAUCGUGAGUAAGCCGGGUACAGCCGUAACUGCAGACGAGAUCCGCGAGUGGGUCAAGAAGCGCGCAAUCAGAUACAAAUGGAUCACCGGUGGCGUUGUGCUCAUUCCUGCGGUUCCAAGGAAUCCGGUUCAUCACCCAUCGUUAGUACAUGAUUUUUAAGAAGGCUAACACCAAUCCUUGGUACAACAUCUAGUCCGGCAAGAUCCUCCGAAGAGAACUCAGAGACAGAGCCAAAACCGAGACUAGCGACUCAGGAAACGUGGCAGCCAAGCUGUAGACAGAAAAGUUGAAAUAGAGACCCCGAACCACACUACCAUGGCUAGGUUUGUCUAUUUAUUGAAAGGGCCUUUCGGAAUGGAGCUACUUUCUCUUUAUUUUCUUUAUUCUUUACGGAGCGAAGCGAAACGCGCCUAUCGCGUGGUAACAGUGUUGUAGAAAUAAAUUUCCCGAAACAUCCUCCCA